AUGGCUGCCGGGCGGAUUCCUCCUCUACUCCUUGCUCAGUCCGAUUUUUUGAUCCAGAGUGUCAAGAAUGAAAUUGAAGGGAAGGUAGUAGCAAAGAUGAAUUUGGAUGAAAAGAAGCUGACGGCUUCUUUUCUCUGGAUAGCAAUCAUCUCUUCUUUCGGAUUUGCCCAGUAUGGUUACAACAUCUGGGUAGUCUACUCACCGUCCGUGCUGAUACGAGACGUCUAUCAGUUAGAUCCAGAAGGUGUGGAGGUCACAAACAGAGACCCCCAGCACAUGCUGUUAAUAAUGGCGUUCUCCAUGAGCAUGUUCCCCAUCGGAGCCGUAGCUGGGGCUCUUCUGGUCGGACCCAUGGUGGAUAAAUUUGGCAGGAAAGGUGCCUUGGUGCUGAACAGCUUUUGCUCCACAAUUGCCUGUUUGUUCAUGGUUGGUGCCAAUAUGGCUCGUUCGUUCGGAUUUAUUAUGUUUUCACGCUUUCUCAUGGGAAUAACCAUGGGUGUAUACUCCAGUACGGUGCCAUUGUACCUCACAGAGAUCUCUCCAGUGGAUUCAAGGGGAAUCAUCGGCAUGCUGCCACACUUCUUUCUAGUCUUAGGCGUCCUGAUCGCUCAGAUACUUGCUUUUCGUGAAAUCAUGGGGAACGCUGAAGGUUGGCCAAUUGUGAUGAGCCUCUCUGGUAUACUGGCAUUAUUCCAGUCCAUCCUCAUGCCUGCCUUUCCCGAAAGCCCCAGGUAUUUGCUGAUUGUGAAGAAAGAUGAAGAGCAAGCAAGGCAAGCCCUGAAGCAGCUGAGAUUCAACCAGGAUGUGGAGGGUGAGAUCGAAGAGAUAUGGGAGGAGAAUGCGCAUGAGGUGGAAGAUGAAGACAUGAAUGCCCUGAAGCUGGUCUGCUAUCAAAAACUCCGGUGGCAAGUCCUGUCCAUCAUUAUCUUGAUGGCCGGCCAGCAGCUCUCGGGGGUCAAUUCGGUAUACUACUAUACAGAGAGAGUCUACCUGUCCACAAACAUAGGGUCGGAAAAUGUCCGAUACAUCAGUGCAUCCUCAUCCAUCCUUAUCUUGAUCGGAAUGGGGUUCGCGCUGACUAUUGUGGACUCCAAGGGGCGGAAGGUCCUGCUUCUUGUCGGCUUUGCCAUCUGCAGCGUCCUCUGUAUUGUGUUAACCGUGAUGAUCGAACUUCAGGUUGGUCGCGCAAAAUCUCAAGCAAACACUUACUUCCAUGCAUGA